GUUUCUAAUUUUGCUACGAGUCAAGAAUUGAAUGCGCAUUAUCAGUGGAAUUCGUAUUGUAAACAUGUAGUUAAUCUUUUGGUAACCUUUUCACAAAGGUUUUUAUUACUAUUCUGAAUGAGCUGGAAGUAAAGUGAAGACUAUGGUAAAGCAUCGCACCUGUAACUCUUAAUUUUUUUCUGGUAGAUUUCUAUUUUCUCAUAACUUAAAGUAAAACAUAUAUAUUAAGGCAACAUUAUCUAAAGCACAUCCGUAGAAAAAAAUCAAAAUCACAUUUUCCUCAUGCCGACAUCCGGAAUUUCCCAGCUCAGCUACGCAAACCCUUCGCCGAAAAUAUGCAACUAACAACAAACGCACCGGGCUGCUCUUUCCUUUGUGCCUCCUCUCCACUGGACCAAAUCGCCAAACUCUGUCCCCAUUCUUCAAGAAUGCGAAAGAGUUCAGAUCCCCAGUGCACACGCACGGAGCACAGAAAACACCAACAUCGAGCAGAGCACCAACCCACAAAACACUUUCCUAACCUCAAAUCUGCUUUUCCUCCUUCGUUGGUGCUUGGUCGGAAGGUUUCCACGCUCGACAAACAUUCCAUCAUCAUCGCAUCGGGAAGCUGUAGUGGGUUACGCACUGCUUCCAAGCUGAACCGGACGGAGUCGAAUCGAGUAAAAGGAGAACGUCUCGUCGGCUAUGUCAGUGACAUCCAACCGCCGCACCACACACAUGCAUGAAAGUCGUAGGAUGUUGGGGCAUGGCAUAUUACGAAUGGCAUCGGAGACGACUACGGUUCCAUGCAUGCUGCAUACUUGUAUGGUUCAUGGUUUUGCGACACCGACGACGACGGCGACGACGACGACGACGGAACGCAUAUAUGAAUGUGCCAGAAACAAAGUGGAACCGCUUAUUUUUAGCCUCGUAAACUGGCCCGAGAAUGGAGGUUAAAUACCGAGGAAAUGCUCUGGUGAUUUUUGGGCGAGGGAAGGAAGCUCCCCGAGGGAGGGUCACCAGUGAGACUCUUCUUGGGAAUGCAUAUGUGAGAAGGAGUUGCUCUGUUUUGGAGUAGGUAUGUCUAAUUACUAAAAUUGAUUCAGACAAGAGUUGGAUUGCGAAUAUUUAACUAUUAAUCUUCUAAUUUUCGAAUCCAAUUAUUGAUUUGUUCAAUUCUGGGAAACUGUUUGUGACAAUCGCUGCAAGUAGGGUUUUUGAAGUCAUUUUGGCUAAUAACGAAUGCAUGGAAGGUUAUUAUCACGUUGGGAACAACUCUCUGAAGAAGUGUAUGCUUUGAAAUGCUCUGAAACGCCUUGAACUCCUAUCCUCUGAAAGCCUGUAAUGCAACCUGAAACUCUCUAAAACCCAUAUGAGACUGUCUAAAGCAUCUUGGAUCAUCUGAAACUACUCUGGAAUCCCCCAGAAACUCUCAUAAAGCUCACUCGAUAGCUUGUGAAACCUUCUCUUCUUCUUUUUCUUCUUUAUGGCUCUACGUCCCCACUGGGACUUGGCCUGUCUCGCUUCAACUUAGUGUUCUUUGAGCACUUCAACAAUUAUUAAUAGAAGGGCUUUUUUGCCUGCCAUUGCAUGAAUUUGUAUAUUGUGAGUAUUAAACUGAUUCUAAAAGCAACUCCGUAGCUGGUUUUUGGGUUGGGAACAGCUUUAGCUGAAAUAUUUAAUCGUAAAUCAAAUUCAUCUCCUAAUAGCAUCACAUAUCAUUCUACUUACAAUUUUUCAGUUUUUCUUCCUGUUUUCCUUUAGGCUAGUUUUCAAUCCGUUCUAAUAGUAGGCUUUAGAUCUAAGUAUACAAAAUAGGUUUAAAUACAAAGUAUUUCACGGAUAUUUAUAUAUAUUCACUUCGCUAAUUCAAUAUCAACUCAAUCCUGCUUAUCAUCAUCCCUGACGUCUACCACCACAUCUGCAGUCACUGUCAAAGUUGAAGCAUCCCUCGCACAGUACGUUCCAUGCGACCCCUGUGCUGCUUUGUCACAUGUAUUCGCGGGGGGUACUCGUCGUCACAUUCCCCCGCCCGUAAAGCGCUCUCCUGGUCAGAUUUACGUUCCUCAACGACGUCGAGUAACGCCAGUUUUACUACCGGCCUGUGAAGUACUCCUUUAAAAGUCUACACCCACGCUUGACGUACACGUCCGUCUCUGCCACAGACUACACGUUCCACCUUUCCUCGCAGCCACUGACUCCUUAUGGUUCCGUCCACGACUAGAAACAAAUCUCCAACUAUUAGAUCCCUCACCUCGUCGAACCAUUUUGAGCGCCGGGAUAUGACCGGGAGAUACUCCUUCAACCAUCGUCUCCAUAUACCGUCUGCCAAAUGCUGGGCCAGCUUCCAUCCGCUCCUCAAUGUCGAACGGAAGUUCACAGAUUCGACUGGCAACUGCUUUACUCCGCUUGAACUGCCGAGCAGAAAGUGAUUAGGGGUUAAAGCCUCUUGUUCAGCACACUCAAGCGGAAUGUGUGUCAGCGGACGGCAGUUGAUCAUGGCUUCUCUCUCGAUUAUCACCGUUUCUAGAACUUCGUCAUCUGGCCGACGUUGAGUCUCCAGAGUAGUUCCGACCGCAACCUUAACGGAACGGACCAUCCGUUCCCACACUCCUCCCAUAUGUGGGGCCCCAGGAGGGUUGUAACGUGUUUUGGAAUUGGUGAAUACGGUCGCAAUAUGAUGAUUUCGCUCCUCUAUCUCGCGCUUAAGUUGAUUGUCGGCUCCGUGAAAAUUCGUCCCGUUAUCUGAAUAUAUCUCCGCCGGAGAACCCCUUCUAGAGACAAACCGACGAAUUGCCAUUACACACGACUCAGUUGUCAAGUUAUGUACCACUUCCAAGUGCACGGCUCUGAUAGUUAAGCAGGUGAAUAGAGAUUGCUGACAGCUCGCUUACCAACACUAGCAUGACCGACCGCCAUGCUGUUUGUUUUUGUUGUCAUCAGGAAACUCAUAACCGCAAAUUGAUAAUCAAAAUAAACAAAAGAUUUCUGUCGCGACUUUUUUAAUGUAAUGUUGUUCCAAGUCUUGUUUUUUUUAUAAUGCCAGUAGUGUGCAGUGUAAUUUCUUGUCGGUGUAACAACCUUACAUCUGCGGAAAGCUUUUUUUGCUUCCCAAAAGUGCGAAAAAACUCUACAGAAAACGGCAAAGCGCUGGUUCUAAAGCGUGCAGUAAAAUGGUUGAAGGCGAGUGGGUGCAGAUGGAAACCAAACAUGCGUAUUUGUGGUCAUCAUUUCGUGAAAGGCAAGCCGGCGGAUCUACUGGCAACAGAUGAUAUUGAUUGGGUUCCAACCUUACUCCUUCCGUCACACCAGAAUGGCCCGCUUUUUAUCCCAAAAAAUGUGGGAAGUGAUGUUUUGACGGGAUGUGUUACAUUUGCAUCCCCGGAUCCGGAGAAGACCGAAGACGUUCAAGUGACUCGCACAGAAGUAACAGAAGAUGAUCUUCGUCAAACAUCUCCACCAACGCAAGGAAAUGUGGAUCCAAAUACAAUAGAAUAUCCCGAGGAAUCUCCAAUCAGGCUGUACGAAUGUUGGGAGACCUUUGUUCCGGACGACAGUGGAUUUAUGGAAUGUGAAUUAGAUAAUACCAGUGCUGAUAAUGUCACCCAAAGUAUGUGCCCGGAUACAUUUAAAGAAGAUGUGUGCACUCAAACUGAUACCAGCUGGAUACGUGAUUCUGCCGAACACGAAAAAGUGCGCAAAAAAUUAUUGAAGGAAAAUGACCACCUUAAAAGCUCCAUCGAAGGACUGCGGAUGAAACUAUCAGUCGCUGAGGAAGCAACUCGAUAUUCAGUCAGAGCCCUGGAGAGUGACGAUCGCAAAUGUAAAUACAUUACCGGGAUUGCAUCUGGUCGUGUGCUGCGCUUACUCUACGAGGCUCUAAAACAUGACUUACCGAACACCGAGCCGAACACCGCAUUCCCUGACACACAGGAGCAAAUGUUCAUCUUGGCUUUACGAAAGAUUCGCCUCAAUGAGCCAUUCUAUACCCUUGGGCUCAUUUAUAAUUUGCAUCACAGCACAGUAGCCGAUAAAGUUUUCCAAAUUGUUCAUCGUAUUUAUCCAUUUAUGUCCAGAUUAGUUAAAUGGCCAUCGCGAGAAACCCUUAAAAAGCAUAUGCCCGCGGCUUUUCGAGAAAAAUACGGAGAUCGUGUUACUAUUAUCAUUGACUGUUUCGGUACAGUUUCUACAAGCACCACAAAACCGUUAAAAUACUAGCUGGGAUAACCCCUGCUGGUAGUUAUGCAUUCAUUUCUGAAGCUUUUGGAGGUAGAAUUUCAGACAAACAGAUAACAUUGAUGUCUGGAAUUCUGGAUUUUAUUGAGGAAGGCGACUUUGUUAUGGCCGACAGGGGUUUCCUCAUCGGAGAUUUACUGGCUCAAAAGAAUGCCGUCUUAAGUGUCCCAGCAUUCAAAAAAGCAAACCAUCAACUCCAGCCGGUGGACGCUUGUGUUUCCAAAGAUCUCUCUGCGUUGAGGAUUCACGUAGAGCGACUUAUUGGGUCACUUCGUCAAAAAGUACUAAUGCUAUCUCAUCAAAUCCCGAUAACAACCUUACAACGCUGGAAUAAUGGAACUCCAGCUCUAGAUCAAAUAGUAAAAAUUGCAGCUGGUAUUGUUAAUCUGUGUCCAUGCAUCGUUCCCCAGUGAAAUGUUCAAAUAAACGUUUUGAUUUGUUAUUUUAAUGCUUUUAUUGUUUAUUAUUCUAACAGUACUUGACAUCACAAUGGUUCUGUAUAGGCCUUAUACAAUAGCUCCGGAAGAAUAACUUCGUUGAAAAACGUCACAGCUUUUGCACGACAUGCUUCCCAGAAGGCAUCAUUUUUUCUAACUAGAAACACAAUAUGUUUGGACUGCGACCAAACGUAAAAAUAACCAAAACAAGCGUUUGCAAUAUGCACUUGCAUAAGAGCUUGAUAAUAAUAUUUGUGCUUAACAUUUAGGCAAAUUUCAUUACUAUCGUUAAGAAUUAAAAAUGAAUCACGCAUUUUUAACAAUGUUUCUUCGAAAACUUCUGGCUGAACGCAACUUCCUACAUAAGGACAUUUAAUCUCUACAGUAAUUUUUCCGUGGCAGUCACAGUAGAUGAUUCCGUCAGGAGAUGCCCCAAGGCAAGGGUUUUGUUCUGAAAUAAUGAACCCGCUUGGUUCCUUUCGCGCAUUGACAUGUAGAUGAGCUACACUUUGAAAUAGUUUAUCAAAUGCUUUUGACUCAUUUACUUUUCCGUAUCGCGUUGCAACAGUUUGGAAAUUGCCGAGGUUAUCGUAGCAGAUACGCUUAAUCAAUGAUUUAGAUGGGUUACACAUAUUUGUUCGUAUUACAUCUUUGAGUACCGAAGCUGUGAUACGUCCAAUACGAAAUUUCUUCCAAGUAGAGCUUUCACUUUGUUCAACGGUUAGUUUUUCUAUGCGCAUUAGGGUUUCCGGAUCACUUUGCAUUGAGGAAGCAGUCAAAUUCACCACCCUACUUCUUUCAGCUGCUGCAGCACUGCGAAGAGGAGCAUCAAACAGAUUUUCCAGGAAAUAUUCGUUGAAAUCUUCUUCGAUUUUCGAACACUGUUCACAUGAUGCACAUUGGUAACCCUCAGUACCACAGAACGAGGACAUAGCUGCCACGUUCAAUCCUUCGUCUUGAAGGGAACUUAGAAGUUGCACGACUUUAUCGUUGCUGGUGCCUGCCGCUUCUUCCUAAAACCGUCGAAUUUUACGUCCAAACGAUAUAUCUCUCACCUUCUUAUAAAGGUUUUCUUCGGGAACUACUGGAGGUUUCUUCCAAUACGCCAGCAGAUCUGUAACCGAAAUCUAGAAAACCCAAAAUCAGACAAACUUUUAUGUUUAAUUUUUUAAAGUUUACCUUUUUUUCAGCAAUUUUUCG